GUUCGUCUUAUAGCGGCACGUAUCAGAGAAGCCAUACAUACAUACAUACACGACUGAAUCGAGUUUUCUUUCUCUUCCUGCAAAUUCAAAACCCAAUUUCAGCCUUGAUUUGAAACUGACCUCGCGCACGGUUCCGCUUAGAUCCAAUUUCCCUCCUCGUAGAUUUUCCGCUUUUUCCCAUUCCGAGGAAGGAAAUCGAUCCAAUGCCGCUUUGAAUCGCGUGCCUCGGGAACAUCUUGAAUUCGAUUGUUGGAGCAGCUGGGUCGACGAGUAACAUGUCUCACUGCUUCUGAAACUCAAAAGGUCCUUCUUUUAUUAUUCUUUCUGGGGCUGCUCUUUGUUUGAAGAGAGGGUAACAUAUGGGGAUGGGUUCCAAAAUGGAAGGACCGUCUACCCCAGCAAUUCGACGUGACCCAUACGAGGUGUUAUCCGUUUCUAGGGAUUCAACCGAUCAAGAAAUUAAAACGGCCUACAGAAAGCUUGCUCUUAAGUAUCACCCUGACAAGAAUGCCAGCAACCCUGAAGCUUCGGAGUUAUUUAAAGAGGUUGCAUAUUCUUAUAGUAUCUUGUCUGACCCAGAAAAGAGAAGGCAGUAUGACAGUGCUGGAUUUGAGGCACUUGAUGCUGAUAGCAUGGACAUGGAAAUUGAUUUGUCUAAUCUUGGGACUGUGAACACAGUGUUUGCAGCUUUAUUCAGUAAACUGGGUGUCCCUAUCAAGACUACCAUUUCAGCUAAUGUUCUUGAAGAAGCUCUGAAUGGAACAGUUACUAUCAGACCCCUUCCAAUUGGAACAUCAGUUAGUGGAAAGGUAGACAAGCAAUCUGCUCAUUUUUUUAGUGUGACAAUAAAUGAGCAGCAAGCUGAGUCAGGUAUUGUAGUGAGAGUUACUUCAACUGCACAAAGCAAAUUCAAGUUGCUCUACUUUGAACAAGAUGUGAAUGGAGGCUAUGGUUUGGCAUUGCAGGAAGAUAGUGAGAAGGCUGGCAAGGUGACAUCUGCAGGAAUGUAUUUCUUACAUUUUCAAGUGUAUAGAAUGGAUUCAACAGUGAAUGCGUUAGCAAUGGCCAAGGAUCCUGAAGGGGCCUUCUUUAAAAGGUUGGAAGGUCUUCAGCCUUGUGAAGUCUCAGAACUAAAGCCUGGCACUCAUAUAUUUGCUGUCUAUGGAGAUAACUUCUUUAAGACUGCUAGCUAUACGAUUGAGGCAGUAUGUGCAAAAUCAUAUGAAGAUACCACCCAAAAACUGAAGGACAUUGAAGCUCAAAUUUUAAGAAAGAGGAAUGAGCUACGCCAAUUUGAAGCAGAAUAUAGAAAGGCAUUGGCACGCUACCAGGAAGUGACAGACAGAUACACACAAGAAAAACAAUCUGUAGACGAACUUCUGAAACAAAGGGAUGGUAUCCAUUCUUCCUUUACUAUUGUCAAGCCAACCAAUAUUAAUGGAAGUGGUAGUAAUUUAAGCAAUGGAAGUUCUAGCAAAAUUUCUGGUGAAGAGAGCCCUGGGGAAGAUGGAGGGUCAGAUGGCAAGGAUAAAUCAGGCAAAAAGAAAUGGUUUAACUUGAAUCUUAGGGGUUCUGAUAAGAGGUUGGUUUAAUAUUUUAGUUAAUACACUUGAUUUUGCUUGUCUUUGUCAAUCAGCUUGGGUUGCAGUUUAUGUCUGGAAUAUUUUCCUUUGCUUGGUUCUGCCAAGCUUGUAUGUGAUGCAUUCAAAGGUAUACAGUAUAUGUCUUGCUGUUUCCAAUAUUUUUGUACUCCAACAAACAAGACCCACUCCAUCCAAUUUCCUUGUAGCAUCCUGAACACUUAUAAUUUUUGUAUUGCAAUUUGUAUUGACAUUCAUUCUUGUAAUAGUUACUUUCUUCAUCCUUGCUCUGUAUAU